CGUUCCGCACAGCGGCUCUCAGCGCGGCGCUCGGCCGGGCCGGGCCGGGCCGGUACGAACCGCUCCGAACAGCACCCGCCUCACAGCCAGCCUCAAGGGAGCCGCAGCGCGGGGAGAAAAGCUUUAUUUUUCCACCUCCGGCCCCGCGGGACGGGAAACUGAGGAGAACGGGCUGAAGGGGCCGCGCGGCUCCAGGUGAAGGGAGGAGGGAGUGGGGGGGGCUGAGGAGAGAGGGGCCGUUUGAUUGACAGUUGCCAUGGCGACGCGCGAGUCCCCGCCCUCCCUUGGCGGCGCAGCCAAUGGGAGGGCGCGGCCGGGCCAGCAGGCUGCGGUGCCAUAUAGUAUUGCGGCGGGGCCGGGAGUCACGUUGGGGGGAGCCGCGGAGAGGAGCCCGUUUACACUACUUUGCUAUAGCAGCUCUCGUUAAUGGUUAUUGCGUGGCCGGGAGGAAACCUGAUCGGCUAGAGCCGGCCGAGAGCAGGAGCAGGAGGAGGAGGAGUGGACUUUCCGGAGAGAUAGAAGAGGGGGGAGAGGAGGAGAAGGGGACACCGAGAGAGGGGAGAAAAAAAAAAAAAAAGAAAAAAAAAAAGAAAACAAACCAAGUCAUGUCUUCUGCCUCCCCCGCGGACGAGAUCACGAUCAAGCAGGAAAAUGUGAUGGAAAUCCUCUCCGACGCCGGCAAGGUGCCCCCGGACGGAGCGGCCGCGCUGAGCCCCGCGCCGCCGCCCCCCCCCGCCGCCGCCCCGUUCCCCAUGGAGCACGGAGCCGCCGCCGGGGAGGAGGGCAGCGCCGAGCCCGUCCUGCUCCACACGGAACUUUUGGCCCGGAACCACCACGCCGCCGCCGCCUCUCCCUCCUCCUCCUCCUCCUCCUCGUCCUCUUCGUCGUCCUCCUCGCAGCCCCCCCUGGCUUUCUCCCCGGACCACGUCGCGUGUGUGUGCGAGGCGCUGCAGCAGGGGGGCAACCUGGACCGCCUGGCCCGGUUCCUGUGGUCUUUGCCCCCGAGCGAUCUGCUACGUGGCAACGAGAGCCUGAUGAAAGCCCGGGCGCUGGUGGCUUUCCACCAGGGCAUCUACGCCGAGCUCUACAGCAUCCUGGAGAGCCACAACUUCGACUCGUCCAACCACCCGCUGCUGCAGGAGCUGUGGUACAAAGCUCGCUACACCGAGGCGGAGCGAGCCCGGGGCAAACCCCUGGGGGCGGUGGACAAGUACCGGCUGCGGAGGAAAUACCCCCUGCCCCGCACCAUCUGGGACGGCGAGGAGACGGUGUACUGCUUCAAGGAGAAGUCCCGCAACGCCCUCAAGGAGCUCUACAAGCAGAACCGCUACCCCUCGCCGGCCGAGAAGCGCAACCUGGCCAAGAUCACCGGGCUGUCCCUCACGCAGGUCAGCAACUGGUUCAAGAACCGCCGCCAGCGGGACCGCAACCCGUCCGAGACGCAGUCCAAAAGUGAAUCAGAUGGCAACCCCAGCACGGAGGAUGAGUCCAGUAAGGGGCAGGAGGAUUUAUCCCCACAUCCGCUCUCCAGCUCGUCCGACGGAGUCACCAGCCUCAGCCUUCCCAGCCACAUGGAGCCCGUCUACAUGCAGCAGCUUGGAAACACUAAAAUAGCCUUGAGCUCAUCUGGUGUCUUGUUGAAUGGGAACCUCGUGCCUGCCAGUAGUUCUCCUGUCUUUCUCAAUGGUAGUUCUUUUCUUCAAGGACCCAAUGGUGUCAUUCUCAAUGGACUCAGCGUGGGGGCUUCCCAACCGGUGACUUUAAAUUCACCCAAAACCACUUCAAGUGCUGUGAGCAAUGGGGUGUCCAUCACUGACAUCAUGUCGUCUUCUUCGGAAGAUGUGAAAGACUUCAAACUCCUCCAGGCUUCGGUCCCCAACACAGCAGCAGACACAUUCAGCCCCAGCAACAUACCAGUCUCCUUCCCGGGAUUGAUACCGAGCUCAGAAGUGAAAAGGGAAAGCACACAAACUGUUGCUUCCCAAGAUGGAGGCUCUGUAGUUACUUUUACUGCUCCUGUCCAAAUAAACCAGUAUGGCAUUGUCCAGAUCCCCAAUUCAGGAACAAAUGGCCAGUUGCUGAACGGAAGCAUUGGUUUUUCUUCUCUGCAGCUGCCUCCUGUUUCUGUGGCAGCUUCUCAAGAUAACGUUUCGGUAAAUUCUAGCACAUCAGAUGGAGGAACUUUCACAAGUGACUCUUCAACGGUGCAGCAAGGAAAGGUUUUCUUCAGCCCCCUCGCUCCGAGCGCCGUCGUUUAUACAGUUCCCAAUUCAGGUCAGGCGGUGGGAUCCGUCAAGCAGGAAGGACUGGAAAGAAGCCUUGUGUUUUCUCAGUUAAUGCCAGUCGGUCAGAACGCGCAACUCAAUGUAAACAUGUCUUCUGAAAAUAUAUCCAGCGGAGGACUCCAGUCCUUGGCCUCCUCCUUAGUGAAUGUAACGCCCUCACAUAAUUUCUCCCUCACGCCACCGACUCUUUUAAAUGCUGCAGAACUGAGCUCUGGUAUCUCUGAGAGCCAGUCCAUGUCAUUGCCCGUAACCAGUACCUCUACCGUGAUAUCUAUCAGCAACACUAACUAUGCAACUCUUCAGAACUGCUCCCUCAUUACCAGUCAAGAUCUGUUGUCCAUUUCUACAGCACAGCCCGCACUUGGAGAAAUCGUUUUUACGACUGGAGACCGUGUGAGCCAUCCUUCUGCACAGGUACACCAGGAUUUUGUCCGAGAGCACAGGUUGGUUCUGCAAGCUGUACCAGAUGUCAAAGAGAAUUUCUUGCCUAAUUCAGAAAGCAAAUCAACCGGCAGCUUAAUGAUGCUGGAUUCGAAAUCCAAGUAUGUUAUGAGUAACAUGGUUGACACGGUUUGUGAAGAACUGGAAACGGACAAAAAGGAACUUGCCAAACUGCAGACAGUUCAGAUGGAUGAAGAUAUGCAAGACUUAUAAUUUUUUUCCUUGCUUUCUGUUUCAGUAGAUAAGACUCCUGUUGAGGCCCUAAGAAGCACCAAGUGGAGUGGGUUUUUUGUUGUUUUUUUUUUUUAAAGAAAGCAGAAGAACAUUUAAAUGGUCUGAAUUGAUGUACAGAGGAAUCUCUGGCAACGGGUCUCGGUUGCCACACUUGGUUUGCAUGCAGUAUUCUCUUUUAAGCAGAUUAAAGGAGAAAGGAAACGCCAGGGGAAGUACCAAGCAAAUGGGUACAGGUUUGGCUACUGCUACUGCGCUGAUAACGUAACUAGAUUCUCUGUAGUGCAACAUGCUAUCAACAGUAAGUAUACACACUCCUAACAGUAGGUAGAAAGCAAAAAUCUUGCUCUGGAAAGGUAGAAAUGAUGCAGUUGUUUUCGCUGUUUACUUCUAGUCCGUGGGCAUUGAAAAAUUUUUUAAGAAUUCUAGACGAUACCUCACAGGCUACUUUUUUGUUGUUGGAGGUUAAGAAACAAAACAAAACCCUAACUAAUUUUGUUACUGGUGUGUUUGCUUUUUUUUUUUUUUUUUUUUCCAGCAGGCUUGUGUUCAUACCAAAAAUCUCACAUCAAACAUUGACAGGUUUCGAGGUGCUACAGAUAGCAUUUUGUCAGUGCACCAAAAAAGCAUCAUCUGAAACUCUAAUUUUGCAACUCGGAAGCUUUCUCUCCAGUAUGAAUGUAAAUAUUGUUUCAGUUCUUAUCAAGGAGACUUUUUUUUUUUUUUUUUUAAUUAGUACAAUGGAUUUUAUUUAUGGUUUAUGUUCCCUUUCACUUUAGACACAAUGCAUUGAAAAGGAAAACGUUUUCUGGCUGUUUAAUUUAUUUUUAUUGUUUGAGCAGGAAGUAAACGUAGUUAUUUCUGACAAGGUUUUACUUUUUUGUAGUUUUUCAAGCAAUAGACUGUAAAAGUAAAAUGUUAAUCACACUGAAACUAGAAAAUGAGCUCCCAGUCUCACAAACCCAGGAGGUCCCUGUCUCUACCCCCUCUGUCUUUGUGUUCAGGGGUUUUUUGUUUGUUUUGUUAGUAAUUUGCAAAUUAGUUGAACCUUUUUUCUCUGUGUAUUUUUUAUGGAAUUCCAUGUGCCUUUCUUCCUAGUGGCCUUAUCUUCGUUACUAAAGCACAGUGGCAGGAGGAAUAAAAACACUGACUUGCAAA